AUGGCUUCUCGAUUACCGUUUCAUCGCCUCUCUGGGCAACACCUGAGGGCUCUUCAUCGAAACGCCAGCGUUUCCCGCAGCCUCCACAUCGGCCGCGCCAGAAGCUUGAUGUCCAUUGCUUCCCAGAAAAGCGCCAAUGGUCCUCUCAAGUCAAGCGCGGGUCUUCAGCAGGUUACGGCUCUGGGACCCAAAAUGUCUCGCUUCGGUAUCGCUCCCUUCGCGGCUGCUCAGGUGCGAACUUAUGCGGACACUGUUGUCAAGGUUCCACAGAUGGCGGAAUCGAUCACCGAAGGCACAUUGAAGCAAUUCUCCAAACAGAUCGGUGACUACGUUGAACGGGACGAGGAGAUCGCAACCAUUGAGACUGACAAGAUUGAUGUAUCCGUUAAUGCCCCUGAAUCCGGUACCAUCAAAGAGUUCCUCGUGGGCGAGGAAGACACCGUCACAGUUGGACAGGACCUUGUCAAGUUGGAGCUUGGAGGUGCCCCUGAAACCAAGAAGGAAGACGCAAAUGAAAAGCCGGCCGCGCCAGCCGCUGCUGACAAGCCCACGGCUUCCGAACCUGAGAAACCGAAGGCACCCGAAGCACCCCAGUCUUCAUCCGAGAAAGCCACACCUUCGGAGCCCAGUCCCUCAAAGAAAACAGAGCCGGUAGCUACAAAGCCUCAGGCCUCCGAACCUGCCAAGCCCAGCGUUGGGGGUCGCGAAGAGAGGAGGGUUAAAAUGAAUAGGAUGAGAUUGAGAAUCGCAGAACGUCUGAAGCAGUCCCAGAACACGGCAGCUUCUCUCACCACAUUCAACGAAGUUGAUAUGUCCUCUCUCAUGGAGUUCCGCAAGCUGUACAAGGACGACGUAUUGAAGAAGACUGGUGUCAAACUCGGAUUCAUGAGUGCCUUCUCUCGCGCCUGUGUUCUUGCCAUGAAAGACGUUCCCGCUGUUAAUGCCUCCAUCGAGGGUCCCAAUGGUGGAGACACCAUCGUUUAUCGUGAUUACGUGGAUAUCAGCGUGGCCGUUGCUACUGAGAAAGGACUCGUGACACCAGUGGUCCGCAAUGCGGAGACCAUGGACCUCGUUGGCAUUGAGAAAGCCAUCGCGGAUCUUGGCAAGAAGGCUCGUGAUAAUAAGUUGACUAUCGAGGACAUGGCCGGGGGCUCUUUCACCAUCAGCAAUGGCGGGGUUUUUGGCUCUCUGAUGGGAACUCCCAUUAUCAACCUCCCACAGACAGCUGUUCUCGGACUCCACGCAAUCAAGGACAAGCCGGUGGCUGUGAACGGUAAAGUUGAAAUUCGCCCUAUGAUGUAUCUUGCCCUGACUUACGAUCACCGACUCUUGGAUGGUCGUGAGGCUGUAACUUUCUUGGUUAAGGUCAAGGAAUACAUCGAAGACCCCCGUCGGAUGCUGCUGGGCUAG